GACAUCCGGCCUUCUAAGAAGAAGAUCAAAAUCAAAACAAACAUUGCAAUUUUUGCUUCUCGAUAAUUUAAUUGGAAAAGAAAGGAAAAUAGGCAUUUUCCAGCAAUGAAAUUGUACUGCUUAAAUGGGGAUCCGGCAAAGCCCUGCAGCAUCCUCAGCUUCAAGGAACUUCUCAUUAUGCUCGAUUGUGGGCUCAAUGUGAAGACUGUGCUGAAUUUCCUGCCCCUGCCGCUUGUCCAGAGCUCACGUUUCAGCUCCCUGCCCAAUUUUAUCCCUCGAGAUCACGAUGCUCAGAUUGAUGGGGAGCUGAAAGAGUGCUGCGGGAGAAUCUUUGUGGAUUCAACACCGGAAUUUGCACCACCUCUGGAUAAAAUUGUGGAUUUCUCAGAAGUGGAUGUUAUCCUCAUUUCCAACUACAUGAAUAUGCUGGCACUGCCCUUUAUCACGGAGGGCACGGGAUUCAAUGGAACAGUGUACGCCACAGAGCCUACUCUGCAGAUUGGAAGAUUUUUCCUGGAGGAGCUUGUGGAGUACAUUGAAGUGGCUCCGAAGGCUGUUGUGGCGUCUCAGUGGAAGGAUAUUUUGCACGCAUUGCCUGCUCCACUGUCAGAAUCGUACAAACCAAAAUGCUGGAAGCACAUCUUCUCCAUGGAUGCGGUACACAAUAGCCUGGCAAGGGUACAAAUUGCCGGAUAUGAUCAGAAACUGGACAUCUACGGUGCACUGCAGGUUAUACCGGUGAGUUCAGGCUUCUGCCUUGGAUCUAGCAAUUGGAUUCUCAGCUCUGGGCAUGAGAAAGUGGCAUAUAUCAGUGGAUCAUCAACUUUGACGACGCAUCCCAGGCCGAUUAAUCAGUCUGCUCUGAAGUAUGCCGACGUUAUCAUCAUGACAAGCCUCACACAGGCACCCCACGUCAAUCCGGACGGGAUGCUCGGGGAGCUUUGCAUGAAUGUGGCUGUUACGCUGCGCAAUGGUGGCUCUGUUCUCAUCCCUUGCUACCCAUCGGGUGUGGUUUAUGACCUCUUUGAAUGCCUCUCGACGAAUCUUGACAAUGCCGGGCUCUCCCAGGUGCCAAUGUUCUUCAUUUCCCCAGUGGCAGACAGCUCCCUGGCCUAUUCCAACAUCCUGGCUGAAUGGUUGUCAUCUGGGAAGCAGCAUAAAGUCUACAUUCCCGAUGAACCCUUCCCACAUGCAAUGCUGGUGAAGAAUUCCCGCCUCAAGCAUUUCAAGCACAUCUACUCGGAGGGCUUCAGCACUGAAUUCCGGCAACCCUGUGUCGUCUUCUGUGGCCAUCCGAGUCUUCGUUUUGGGGACGCGGUGCACUUUGUGGAACUCUGGGGCUCCAAUCCGAUACACACGAUCAUCUUCACUGAACCCGACUUCCCCUAUGUGCAAGCUCUCGCUCCCUUCCAACCUCUCGCCAUGAAGGCAAUCUACUGCCCCAUUGAGACGUCGCUGAAUUUCCAGCAAGCAAAUAAACUCAUCAAGGAGCUAAAGCCAGGAUGCCUCGUCAUCCCUGAGAGCUACACCCAACCACCGGUGAUGGUGCCCCACAAGGUUGAUCUUGUGAUUGAUCAACUUCCGGACAAGCAGUUAAUCACAUUCAAACGUGGCGAAGUGGUGAAACUUCCGCUCAAGAGGAAACGGAAUCGUGUCUACCUCAUGCCGGAAAUUGCCCAGAAUAUUGUUCCGCAUGAAGUUCAGCCUGGAAUGAAUGUGGCCAGUGUUACGGGAAUCCUUCAGGUGAAGGACAACCUUCACGACAUUCGACGCAUCGAGGAGGAUCCCAACAAACUCUCAUUCCCGCUGAAGGCUUCAAAGUACGAAUGGGGUGCCCUUGAUAUUGAUCUCUUUGUGAAGAAGCUCACCCAGGAUGGCAUAACGGACAUUAAAAUGGAACAAAAUGGACCAGGUGUGAUCAUCCGGCUGCCCAAUGAGGAAACAACCAUUGAAAUUGGAAGCAAUCAAACCCACAUCGUCUGUGGCGGGAAGCAGAGUCUUCGGCUAAAGCUCAGGGAUCUUCUACUACAAUGUGUACAGAGUUUUUAGUAAAAUAAAUAUAUUUUAUUUUAUGAACUUUCAAA